GUCAGUCAAGUAGUCGAUCAAGGAGCUGGCAGCGUUUCAGCAUCCACAAGCGGCCUUAGCGCACAGCGAUCAGUUUGAGAUUAGCAUUCAUCUGAAAAAGUAGCGCGCGUCUUCGUUCGUACUGACGUUGAAAAAAAAACAUUUUUUUUUACUCUGUAGAUACGCAGAUAUUUCUGUUUUGAAUUUUGUGAAUUCUUCGCCGCUUUUAUUUGUUCAAACCUCUUGUGAAUCAAUUUGAAUUCUUACGCGCGCAAUUCACAGCGAUUUGCUCGCUUAAGUGCUUUUUAUUUUUUAAUACAAUUGCGGGCAUUGUUUGUUUUUGCUGUAUUCUGGUAUCUGUAUCUAUGCAAUACUACAUGCGUGCGUGAGUGUUUGUGCGUGAAGUUGAAUUAAAUUAACUCGCCGGUCGCGAUUUAAAGCGGACGACUACAAGAAAACGCGGCGUGCCAGCAUCAGUUGUGGCAAGAGUUCAAUCGUGUGCAAAAAAUGUACAUACAUAUGUACAUAAAUACAUACAUAUAAGUGCAAGAACAGUUUGGUAUGCCCAUUAUUGCAAUUUGGAAAAGUACACAUAAACACACAAUUCGCGCAUAACUAAAGAUCGACAGCUGCAUCGGGUGGUGUAUGCUUUAGCACUGAACGCACAUCCACUGCUUGUUUCGCUGGGUGAAAAGAAUUUACCCAUUUUUUGAUACCAACAAUGGUUCCAUACAGGAAAUCAGCCACAACAACAUUGAAGGCAUGACGAUACCCAUGAUCCAUGCCAUGCCCUAGGCUCACACACCUCAUAGCGGUGGCAAGACCUUAAAAACUACGAGAAACUAAAAAAAAAACUACAAAAACAACUAAUAAGAGAAACAAACAUUAAAAUGCUGAAAAAUGUACCAACCGAACCGUCGAAAACUUUGCCAAAGUGUUGGAAUAAAUUUAAAAGCUAAACACAAAUCACCAGUACAGUUAAUGCUAAAGACUUGAAAGUGUUAAAUUUGUAUAACAGGAAAUAGUCAUUAAAAAACAAAAACAAUAGUAACUAAAGAAUUAGAAAACAAAGGCUUACGAAAAAAAAUAUAUAUAAAGAAAAAAUCGGCGCACAUCAACAACAAAACACAACAACUAAAAAACGUUUUGCGCUCCUCUUAGCGCCAAUCUCACGCCAGCUCGUCCGCGCGCUCUCCACUCAUCACAAAAUGCAACACUGCGCCACAACGAAAUUUACCACUUUGUCGCCGCAAUUGUUGUUUCCAUCGUCACACACUCUGCUCGGCACAUUACUCAUUUUAUUGGCUUUGAGCAGCUGGACCACCAUCCUAACGCCGGUCGAAUGCCAGCGGCCAUUAGUCAAUCAUACCAAUUACAAUUCGAUCGCCGCCGCGCAGCAGCACAACUAUUUGGGCAGCGGUAAACAAUUGCGCAAUGGACGCAUACGCGAUAUGCCCAUACCACAAGCGACGAUGGCGACAAUGCUGCAACGUGGCAUGCCGCUCUAUGAUGACUUCGACGGCACAGAUGGUACACGCCUACCGCCAGUGGGUGGACGUGGUGGACGCGGUGAUAAUAAUCGCCGCCGACUAAAUCUGUCCGGACUUGGUUCGGGUAUUGGGCGACCGGAUCGGGGUAGCGGACGACGUGGUAUCGAAUCGUUGCGCAAGGAGCUAAUGAAGCCGUCGAUAGGUGGACCUGGUGGUGGCAUAAGCGGCAAUAGUGCAGGCUAUUCCUCCUAUUCGGCAACCUCUUCAAUAGGCAAGAUCGAUGGGCUGGGCAGCUUGGGACCGGCUGAACGCUAUGGCGAGCAAAUGCGGCCCGGUGUAGGCACAGUUUAUGCCACACAAUUUCCGCCACAAUUCAUUGCCAAUCAACCAGGCACCGUCGACGACAAGCCGCUGCGCAUGAGUCCAAAAAAAUCGUACAAUUCAAUUUCGGAAAUACGAAAAUUGAAUAAGCAACGCUUCACGCCGCAAGGACAAGCCGAUGAACCGGAUGGUGGUGUCACUAAUGGCAAUAUCGAUGGCGAUGAUAUCGAGGUGGACGAGCACAGAGACCCAAUGGAAGUGAUCAAAGAGAAAAUGCGCAAUACAGCGCCCAAAUCGAGUCCCUAUGAAACACAGACUGAUGCCCCUUCUUCGGAAAUUGAAGAUCAGCUUGGUGUGAAAUGUACAUUUGAAACGCCUUGUGCUUGGAAAUGGACAGAAGAUUUACCAGAUGGUUUCCAAGUGAUAAGCGGCAAAGAGCUGGUGAAGAUGAAUAUGACUGGUCUAUAUCCAGGGCCAAUUGCCGACACGACUGAAGAUGCGAAUGGCCACUUUCUAUACGCACGUCUACUACCCACCACUAAGCAGGUGAAUCUCACUUCACCACAAUUCAGCACCACUAUGGAGAAAUGUUUCCUCGAAGUGUACAUGCAUCAGAGCGAUAUGAGCCAUGGAGUUUCGCGUGUAGUCGUCGAACCGAUGCAUUCGCAGGAGAGCCCAUGGGUGCCGGCAGAAAUCGUGGGUGACAACUAUCGUCAAUGGGGUCGUAAAUUCUAUCGCCUUGGACGCAUAACACGUGACUUUCGCAUUAUUUUCGAGGUAGUGCCAAAGAUGGGCAACAUCCAGAAGGCGCAUGUGGCUAUCGAUAAUUUACGCAUGGUAAAUUGUUUCCCAGAGGGUACCAAGUCAGAGAAGUGCAGCACAUCGCAAAUAAAAUGCAUGGCGAAUAAGGUGCCGGUUUGUAUACCGUUACCGCGCAUCUGCGACAUCACCAGAGACUGUGAUGAUGGCGAGGAUGAGUUGCUCAAUUGUGAUAAAAUUCCUUACGGCGGACGUUGUGACUUUGAAGACGACUGGUGUGGUUGGCGUGAUUCGGGCAGAACGGUGCUCACUUGGUCGCGUCACACUGGAGCUUCACCCACACAUGACACUGGACCGGAUGGCGAUCAUACACAGGAACAUCUGCUGAAUGCCACCGGUGGCUAUUAUAUGCUCGUCGAUAUGAAUCAACAUAUGAAUAAUUCGGAAAAGGCUUCAAUGAUCGGUUUUGCCAGUAAUGCGUUCAUGAUCAGUAAAACUUUCAAUCCUCCGCCACUGGUGCAUGGAAACCCCAAUUCACCGUACAGAAACUCGUGUGUUGUACGCUUUUAUGUGCAUCAAUUCGGCAAGAAUCCGGGUAGCAUCAAUUUAUCUGUGGUCGAGAUGAAGGAGAAGGAGAAUAUUACGACAACGCUUUGGUGGAGCAGUAAAAACCAGGGCGGCGAUUGGCUACGCGCUGAGUACCUACUGCCCAACAUCACAUCCAAAUAUUAUCUACACUUUGAAGCCCGCAUGGGUAUGCGCAUCUUCUCAGACGUUGCUGUCGAUGAUGUUUCCUUAAGUCCUGAAUGUUUUGGCAUAAACAUACCGAAAGAGCAUCUCAACGGGUACAACUACUGGGAUGUACGGCACAAUUUCCGGAGCCCAUCACAUCGAGACUAUGAACACAAACACUAUCUAGAGUUAACAACGUGCGAUACGCGCGGUAUGAUAGGACCGACACAGCAGCAAUGUGAGACCUCUUACAAGGAGAAUAAUCAAAGUCAUGUACUAAAGGAGGUGCGCAUCGUCGAAGAUCAAAGUUCCUACAAGGGCAUGCAGAAGUGGAAAGUACCACACGAGGGUUACUAUACCAUAAUUGCUAAGGGUGCCAGUGGUGGUCUCGGUUCUGGUGGUGUUGGUUCGUCGCGUGGCGCCAUGGCAGUUGCUGUGCUCGAGCUGCACAAGAAUGAGGAACUCUAUAUACUUGUGGGCCAACAGGGCGAAAAUGCUUGCAUCAAGUCGUUGAGUGUCAAAGAGGAUGGUUGCGGCCCCGAUGCAGAAUUGGACUUGAGCAAAUACAGCUUUAGUUCAAAGCAGCAUAUGGUAAAGAAUAUUUAUAUUGAGAAUGGCGCUGGUGGUGGAGGUGGUGGGUCCUACGUUUUUCUGCUCAACUCUGCUAAGAACGAAGCUGUGCCACUGAUGAUAGCUGGCGGCGGUGGUGGUCUGGGCAUAGGGCAGUACGUUGAUGAAGACUUCCAGCAUGGUCAAAAGCCGAAUCCGAUACGCCUCGGCGUUACAGGGCAAAUCCACGGAGAUCAAGUGAAUUUGAAGACCGCUGGUCCAGGUGGCGGUUGGCGCGCCAAAGUCGACCAAGCGUUGAGUCCCAGGUAUGGUGCUGCUUUGCUGCAAGGUGGACGUGGCGGUCAUUCUUGCUACGUCGAAGUAAUGGGUAACAAUGAAAGCACUAUAAAUAAGCAUGGGCAAGGCGGAUUUGGCGGCGGUGGCGGUAGUUGCAAUACUGGUGGCGGUGGCGGUGGCUAUGCCGGUGGUGAUGUGUAUCUAAAUAAAUCCAAUGGCGAGGGUGGCACAUCAUUCAUCAGCACCAGUCGCAGCUUGAAGGAGUUGAGUGUUGUAUACGAAGGUGCUAGCAGCGGUGCCGGUUCGGUAAUCAUUAUACCGGCAAUCGAGGGUUGCGGUUGUGAUUAUCGUUGCAUUGCAUUAGAUGAAUAUCGUUCCUCGGUGCGCUGUAUUUGUCCCGAUGGUUGGCGGCUAAAGCGUGAUAACCAAACAGCAUGCGAGGUGAUUUCUGAGGAGCGCAUACCCUUCUCAUAUCUCAUGGGAUUCUUUAUAUUCCUGGUUGUGUUACUGGGCGCUGCUCUUACAGCGCUCAUUAUUAUUUUGUACAAUCGAUAUCAGCGUAAAAAGCAAGCCAAGCUGCGUCACAAAAUGUUACUGGAACAGGAACUACAACUCAGCCGUUUGCGACACAACACCGAAGACUCUACCCUAACUAACUUUAAUCCUAACUACGGUUGCGAUGGCAUACUUAAUGGGCAAAUUGAUGUCAAGCAGUUGCCACAAAUCGCGCGUGAAAACUUAAGACUCGUAAAGGCGCUCGGUCAAGGCGCUUUUGGCGAAGUCUACCAAGGACUCCAUCGUGCAAACAUGAAUGAUACCGUGGAAUUGCCUGUAGCCGUAAAAACCUUACCCGAAAUGUCUACACGUCAAGCGGAGGAGGACUUCCUAAUGGAAGCAGCCAUUAUGUCGAAAUUCCAUCAUCCCAAUAUGGUACUUCUUCUCGGAGUUUGCUUCGAUAGGCAUCCACGUUUUAUUGUGCUCGAGCUACUAUCUGGCGGCGACUUGAAAAACUUCUUGCGUGAGGGACGCAACAAACCGGAUCGUCCGUCGACUCUACAAAUGGGAGAUCUCUUCUACAGCGCACGAGAUGUAGCCGAAGGUUGCAAAUAUAUGGAAAGUAAACGAUUCAUACAUCGCGACAUAGCGGCACGUAAUUGCCUGCUGAGCACCAAAGGUCCGGGAAGAAUUGUGAAGAUUGCCGAUUUUGGCAUGGCGCGGGACAUCUAUCGCAGUGACUAUUAUCGCAAAGGUGGCAAGGCUAUGCUGCCUAUUAAAUGGAUGCCACCAGAGGCAUAUGUAGAUGGUAUCUUUACAGCCAAAACAGAUGUAUGGUCGUUUGGUGUACUACUAUGGGAGGUCUUCAGCUUAGGCAUGAUGCCAUAUCCAGGUUUACAGAACCCCGAAGUCAUGAAAUUGGUUGCUAAUGGUGGCCGCUUAAGCGCACCACCCGGUUGUCCAACGGAGAUUUAUCGCAUUAUGGCUGAUUGCUGGAAUCCCACACCAGAGGAUCGUCCCGACUUUACUAGUCUAAGAGAACGGAUUAUAGCACUUAUCGACGCUCAACUAGGCAAACUGGAAGAACCUCUACCACCAAGCUAUUUUCGUCCGCUCUCAACCGACCGUGAUCCGGCUGCAGUGCGCCCAACGGGCAGCGAAGAAUUAUGCUUGCCCAUGCCCGGCACCUCGGAUUACCUGAUACCGCUGGCCAACGGCGCGAAAAUAGAUCUCAUUGCCAAGAUGAACUAUGCCAGCGCUGCUGGUUGUGCACCAAAUGCUAACAUGGCCGUAGCCACCACAUCGAAAGCCAGCAGCGCCAACAUCUGCACACCGCCAGCUGUCGCUUCGCCUGAGGUACCUAAAAGUACAGCAAAACUGGAUGCUACGAAUAUAAGCGGCAAGGAUUGCUGGGAAACAUCUUUCAUUUUGCCAAACUCCAAAAGCGAUCAGCCUUUGCUGACUGGCGCAGUAGGUGGCGUUGACCCGCUAUCCACCAACGACUCAUCGUGCAGCAUUAACGGUAAUAGUGUCACCAAUAAUAUUUCCAAUGCCACCGGUAAUGUGAACAGCGGCCACAGUAGCAGCAGCCAAACCUCUCCAAUAAUGCACAACGGCAUCAAAAUGAGUAUGCUCAAUCAUAACAACAACAACAAUAACAACAGCAGCAGCAAUAAUAAUAAUAAUCAUCAACACGCCGUACACGAAGCAGAGGAAGCGAAACUUAUAAGUUUGGAUACACCACAACCGACGCCGACCACCAUACAGCCGCCACUAUCAUUCUCCUCGCAGCUGGACGGCAUCACACUUGAUCCGGCGGCGCUCACCAAAAGUCUGCAGCAGCACAAGGCUGGCGCAGGUGGUGUUGGCAAUUCAGUUGCCUCCUCAUCCUAUGCCAACAUACAGAUGAUGUCGUCGUCGGUGAAUGCGCCGCAUAAACUGGCCGGCGCAAGUGGCAUAGAUGUAGUCAAGGAGCUGCCAAAUGGUGGUGGGGAAAAAAUUAAUGGCAUGGUCGAUGCAGCGCUGUAUAAUGGGCCAUCCGGCAGCGUGUUGAAUGGUGUGGCGACUGUAAAUGGUAAUGGCGCUGCGGUAGCUGACGAUACGGCGCCUUUCACAAUACAGGGCUACAAUGACCGUUACAAGGAUAAGCAUGCCGAGAUCAGCUGUUAGGCUGCUGAACAAAAACAAAUAUAUAAAAAUAUAAUAUAAAAACAAACAGCUGUCUAACGGCCGACAACAGUUAAGGCUGAGAGUGUCCAGCUGUUGAACGGCAGUUUGCCGAGGCGAUGGCAGCAGCGGCAGCGUAAAACGCAGCCGAUGAAUGGUCAGCGCGGUGUACAGGGUGUGUUGGUUGUAUUGUAUUUAAUUUUCACACAAAAAAUACAUAAGAAAUAUAUUUAGUAUAAAAUGGAAAACAAAUAAAUGUACGUAGUUAUUUAAGUAAACACAAAUGUAAAGUCUUAAGUUUAGGUAUUACAGUAAUACAAGACAACGGGACAAAUUCAUAAAAAAAAACGAAAAAGAAAAAAAAAACAGAACUGGCUGAUUUUUACAAAACCAAAUUUAAAUACAAAUAUUUAUAUUUAUUUAAGUAAGUGUUAAAAAAAUGAAUAACAAAUAGAUAAAGGCAAACCUAAAUUGACAGUGAACUUAAAUAAAGACCAAAAUAAUACGAAUAAAAACAAAUUCACAAUAUAAUAUGGACACUGUAAGAUAAAAACAAAAAAUGUGUAAGCAUAGCUGAGCUAGUUUACGGUUAAAAACAAUUUACACCUAAAGGUUAAAUGUAUAAUUGAAAAAUCUGCAACUAGAAAUACAUAAAAUAAAUAUUGUAAGCUAAUUUGUUUAAGUUUUAUGUGGAGUGUGUGUAAAUAGAGUAGUUUAUCUAUAUAAAAAUGUGUGCAAAGAAUCCAUCACAAAUAAUUGCGUGUAAUUUUCAGAAUGAAAGGGCCGCAUAAGCUAGCAAAAUUGAGUGAAAAUGACGCAUAAUUUUAUAAAAACAAUAAAAGAAACUUUUAAGUUAAAAAUCAUUUAGAAAAAAACCACAAAAAAUUUACUAAAAAAUUGUUAAUCAACCAGAAGUUUGGGAUACUGAAAGAACUGUCGAUGAUCAGCACGAAUUUGAUGGAGAGUUGAAGUGAAUUUAUGUAAAUAAAUACACGUGAAAGGUAAAAAAAAAACAAUGUUAUAAAAAAUAUUAUCAAUAAUUAAAAUUCAAUUUGAAAGUGAAUUUGAGAGUUUUAAUUAACUGAAUGAUGAGAGCGGUAUAAAUCGCAGAAAUAUUUAGCUAAGGAAAAGAAGAGCUUUUUUAGUGUUAUAGCGAUGAGGGGAAUAAUGAAGAAGAAAAAAACAAAAAACAAAUCAAUAAAAAUUAAAUAAAAAUUAAUAGCUUGUAAAGGUAAAUGUGCUUGAGUGACAUAUGUAUUUAUGUUGAUGCAUUAAAUGUUAAUAAUAAAUAAUAGAGCUAAAGAACAUAACAAUAAAACACGAAAACUAUUUAAUGUAUAAUUAAAUUAUACGAAAGUAAGAAAGUAAAUGUAUUAUAAUUUAUAAAAGAAAAUACAUAACUAAAAUAUUAGUAAAUAAAAACACAAACAAAAAACUAGUAAAUAAAUAAAUAAAAUGAAGUGAAAUUGCAAAAACCAAAUAAGAGCGCAGUUAAUUGUUAUUCAAAAAAUAUCAACAAAAAUAAUAAAAAAACACUAAAUGUGCAACACAUUAAAUACGAAAUUAAAAAACUACGAGUGAGAGGAUGUUAAAACAAAAAUGCAAGCAAAAACAUAAAAGGAACGACGGAAAUAUGCAAAUAGUAAAUAAGACAGAAAAUAAAAGUGGAUUGUUGGAAAAUAGUUGAUAGUUUUAGUCCGCGAGCCAGGGAUCAUUUUGACCUCAUCAUUUCAUGCCGACUGAUUUCAAUACUGAAGGCAAACGCCAUCCAAUGGAUGACGAACCCACCGUCAGCUGGUCCAGUAGGGGUGGGUACGUGCGUGGGAUGCUGCGAAACGUGUCGAAAAAAAAUGUUUAACAACUCAUUUAAUACCGGCUGAAAUUUUUUUUUGUGUAUUGUUGACAUUUAGUAGAAUAAAACAAAAUAGUCAGCUGCGCCGUAGAGGGGGGAAAAUACGUCAGCUGAACUUGUAAAAUAAAUUAAAAAGUAAAACUACUUUAUGCCGAUUGAAAUUUUUUUAUAUAAUUUUGGACGCAUAUGAAGAUAUAAUAAUGAUGGUCAGGUGCGUUUAUAGCAGUGGGAAGACCGUCAGCCGAAGCAAGAAUGUAUCAUUGCGUUCAUAGAUCUCGGCGGCGCAUGGAAUGCUUCGGCUGACGGUAUUUCCACCGCCAUAAACGCAGCUGACUAUCAUUAUUAUAUUUUCAUAUGUGUCCAAAAUUAUGUAAAAAACUUUCAAUCGACAUAAAGUAGUUUUACUUUUUAAUUUAUUUUACAAGUUCGCCUGUUCAGCUGACCUAUUUCCCCCCACCCCCUCUACGACGCAGCUGACUAUUGUUUUUAUUGUACUAAAUGUUAACAAUACAUGAAAAAAAUUUCACCUGGUAUUAAAUGAGUUGGUAGAAAUUUUUUUUCGACACGUUUCGUACCCUCCCCACAAUCACACCCACCGCGGGUGCGCCAGCUGACGUUCACUUUCGUUAUUCAUGAAAGCUAAAUCACAAGUAUAGUCAAGAAUUUAACGGUAUAAAAACGCAGUCCAAAAUCGACCCCUGGCUCCCGGACUAUUUUGUGCACGUGGCGACUUAAUUUGAUAAUGCCUACCUACGCUUCAAGCGAAAAGGUUACGCUUCAAGCGAAAAGGUUAAAUUAGAGGUGACGUAACAUAACGCCUUAACGCUACAAACUUAACCGUAUCUUAACCUAACGAUAUUUGCUAUCAACUAUUAAUGGUGCCAUAGAAAAACUAAAGACAAGAUAACAUCAGCGCUGACGAGGAAUUUGAAUAAAUUAUUUAUACAUUUUAAAUUGUAUUAUUAAAAAAAUUUAGAUAUUAUUUAUUUUAUUUUAUUAUUAUUAUUUAUUUUAUUUCAUUACUAUGAUUUAUUUUAUUAAAAUUUAUACAUUUAUUCAUUAAUAUAAUGGCUUUACAUACCAAAAUGCAGCAAAUACACAAGCGGCUGUUUAUGGUUACGGCGGCGAAAACCCGUAAUUCAAUUGGUCUGUACGGUUACGGUUAUGACUACGGCUUUUGCGGCAUGCCACAUCUAAUCGAUUACGGUGUUACCCAUAGGUUGAUUUUGACAGCAGAUUUAUGUGAUUAUAGUUGCAGCAUCUCUAAUUGAACCUAAAAGUAAGGUUUUCAUUUCGAUAUCAAGCAUCUUCGUUACGCCAAGUGUUAGGUUAUGUUAGGUUAGGUUAGGUUGAAGCGGUUGUCCUGUGGGACACACUGAGGCUCAUAGCCCAUUGAGAUGCCGCGUGGGGAGCUUUCCCUAUUUCUCCUAAAACCAGUGUGUACUUUUCAAAAAUUUUAGAAUAUCUCCUAUUUCUGCGGAACUGAGAUCUUCCAAUUUGUUAAAAAAAUGUCUGCCUAGAAUAGCAAAUCUCCGUCUGGAUAGAGCAGGACAAUGGCACAGAAGGUGUAAGAUUGUCUCUUCUUAUUUCUCAUCAAGACAACUUCUACAGAAGUCAUGUGCUUGCACGCCCAUCCUUUGGGCGUGCCUACCUAUUAGACGAUGUCCCGUUAUGACUGAAAUCAGUGUGCUAAGACUGUGUUUAUUUUGGCUUAGCAAAGGUUCUGUGCGCGUUGUCAACCUUGUCAAGUUUUUUGAUGUUCACCCCCUUCUCAAGGGCAUUCCACCAUAUUACAAUACCAUAGUAGAGAAUAGGCCUAACCACUGCUGCGUACAGCCAGUGUAUCAUUCUGGGUUACAAUCCCCAUUUCUUUCCAAUUAGCCUUCCGCAGUAGUACAAUGUCAUCAUAGAUUUGCGUACUCUAUCUGCGACUGUGAGGCUCCAAUUUAGCUUCCUAUCCAUUACAAGUCCUAGAUGUUUCGCCUUUUCUGUUACUCUAAGUGGUUUCCCUCUUAGGAAUAUGUGUUUAAGAGCAGGUGUUUUAUGUUUCCUGGUAAAUUGUAUCAGAUCGGUUUUUUCCGGAUUUACUUCAAGUCCUCGACUCUUACACCGAAGUGAUAGUCUGUUGAGGGAUCUCUGUUGAAGAUCGCAUAAUGUUGGAAGGUGUUUCCCCGAGAUUGCUAUAACAAUAUCAUCGGCAUAUGAAAUUAUUUUCCCUCCCAUUUUUUCAAGUUCUGGAAGACGAUUAUUGACAGUUAAGUUCCACAGAAGUGGAGAGAUUACCCCACCUUGGGGUGUGCGAGUAGCGAAUAGACGAAGCAACUGGUUGGUAUACAUAAAUAAACAAAUGUUGGUAGCAUUGGAAAAAAGCUGCCAAAAAUCACAUUUGUUUCGAAGCACUUACUGAGUAUUGGUAAGAUCGCGAAAAUUGGCGAAUAGCAGAAAAGAGAGUUGGCAGCAUUGAAAGAAGGGAGUCAUAACAGUUUUAUGAGAUAUAAACAUGCUCGCUAGCGGGGAAUCUUGCUCGAAGCCUUUGUUGCUU